AUUCGAGCAACGGAAGGAGGGAGAGCCUUCAAGGUCAGAAAGAGCCAUCCAAUACACGAUAUCGUAAGCCCCACCAUCAUUCAUAUGACCUUGAUUAGUCCUUGAUAGCCUUCAGACUAACAAAUUAAACUAACAAAUGUCAUUCUAUUCUGGGGUUGGCUCUGAACUUUGCUGGGCUAUCGGUAAUCUGGAGGAGCGGAAAGAACAAUGAAUCGUAAUAAUAAGGCGCCAUCAGUGGCUCCACUUAGGAUACUCCCAAGAGGCUGCUGACGAGACGACCCCUACUUCUACAUCAACAAUAUCUACCACAAACUCAAUAAAAUACAAAAACAAAACUUGCAUUUUGUUCGAAAUAUCGUGUUCAUUUUGCUGAGCUUUCCCCAACGUGUCUCAGAAUCCUGCGAAACCCUACGAAUAAAAGCGACGCAUUUGAAUAACCUACGCUCGGUCAGGCAAAUAGCCUGCUGUAUUCUUUGCGCCGAUGCCGCCGCCGACGAACCCCCUGAGUUAGUUGCUUGCUCCCCGCGCUCGACCUGCUACGAUUCCACUAGACCCCGUCCUGAGGCUGCGAUCGAACGCCCAUCAUGACCGGUGUUUCUUCCCAGGGCGAUUCGUACCAGUCGGUACCGCCAUCACCUACACACCAGCGCCACUCGAGAAGAAAUAGGCGGCACUCGGUAUCCGAGGUCCCAGACGAAACUACUGCUCUUUUACGUCCCUCGCAUUCUCGAGUACGUAUCCAAAGCCCCUUUGACACCCCGAGGGGCUACUUGUCAAGGAAUCAAAGCUAUGUUGGAACUCCCCAUAACUCGCGAUUUCAUAAUCGACAUGAAUCCUGGGGGCAGCGUUUAAUACAAGCUCUUUCUGACCGACAAGAUCCUAUGGCCGAAUCCAAGAGCUCCCUUCUUACCGACGAUCGCGUAUGGUACGAUCAAUUUACCUCGACCGAUUGGGUGCAUGAUAGCAUCGCCGAUGCCUACCGAGUCAAGCAGUUACGAAGUCGGAAGGAUUUCUGGGGCAGAGUGAUUGUCUUUUUUGAUGGAGCCCAGGGCUGGAUAUUAAGUGCCGUAGUCGGCGUCCUAGUAGCCCUGCUAGCCUACUGCGUAAAUGUAGCCGAGACUACUAUAUUCGAUUACAAGGACGGAUACUGCACACGAGGAUGGUAUCUGAGAGAAAAGAGAUGCUGCCCUCAUGGACCAUGUACCGAUUGGCGAUCCUGGUCUGAAGUACUAGGCGGUCACCCCUUCGGCGAAGUUUGGACGGAAUUCGGAAUCUAUCUCAUCGCCGUCCUCGCCCUCUCCGUUCUAGCUUGCUUGCUUACUCUAACGACCAAGACUGUAGUCCCUUCAUCUUAUCGGAUGUCAACGUUAGACGAGAAUCUUGCUGCCGAGUUCUCCCGACAACCAGAUGAUAACGAUGAUGACAAUGAUGAUGAUGGAAAUAUCAGCCCAAGGGAAACUCGUCCUCAAUUUGUUGAUCCCUCACCUCCGAUGGUAUAUUACUCGGCGGCUGGUAGUGGUGUUGCGGAGGUCCGGGUCAUCCUCAGUGGAUUCGUUUUGCACGGCUUUCUCGGUGUAAAAACUCUCAUCAUCAAAUCCUUGGGACUUAUUAUGAGUGUCGCAUCCGGCCUAAGUCUAGGUAAAGAGGGCCCGUACGUCCACAUCGCGACUUGUAUCGGCAACAUUUGCUGUCGUAUUUUCGCUAAAUACGAUCGUAACGACGGCAAAAGACGUGAAGUAUUAUCCGCUGCUGCAGCGGCUGGCGUUGUUGUCGCUUUUGGUGCCCCUCUUGGUGGCGUAUUGUUCGGUCUUGAGGAAGUUGCUUAUUAUUUCCCAGCCAAGACACUUUUCCGGACCUUUUUCUGCUGCAUUGUCGCAGCUCUGUCCUUGAAGUUUCUCAACCCAUAUGGCACGCACAAAAUUGUCAUGUUCGAAGUCCGCUACAAGAUCGACUGGGAGUGGUUCGAAUUAUUUGGGUUUAUUUUUGUGGGAAUAUUGGGUGGUGCCGCGGGUGCUCUUUUCAUUAAGGCUUCGCGUCGCUGGGCUCUGUCUUUCCGCAAGAUUGGUACCAUCAAGAAAUACCCACUCCUCGAAGUUGUUCUAGUUGCGCUGGUGACUGGACUCACCAGUUACUGGAAUACUCUGACCAAACUUCCCGUGGCAAAGCUUCUUUUGAACUUGGCCGCGCCUUGCGAAGACGACAGCAGGGAUGAUGAAUUGGGUCUCUGUCCGUCAACUAUUGACGAUAUACCUGGCGUCAUUCGGUUGCUACUUGUAGCUUUUGUCAUAAAGGGGUUUCUUACAACCAUCACCUUCGGUAUCAAAGUUCCCGCAGGUAUCUAUGUCCCUUCCAUGGUGGUCGGUGGCCUCAUGGGCAGAAUUGUGGGCCACCUUGUUCAAUGGAUAGUAUGGCGGUUCCCGCAUUGGGGCAUCUGGGGAUCUUGCCCCCUUCUGCAACAAUCCACUUGUGUUCAACCGGGUGUAUACGGUCUGAUUGCAGCUGGCUCAACUAUGUGUGGCGUAACAAGAUUGUCCGUCACGCUAGCCGUUAUCCUCUUUGAACUCACCGGAAGUCUGGAUUAUGUGCUGCCGUUCUCUCUAGCUAUUCUGGUCGCCAAGUGGACGGCUGAUGCCUUGGAGCCACUCAGCAUUUAUGACCUGCUUACAAACAUGAAUGCUUAUCCAUACUUGGAUAACAAGCAUAAACCGAUAUUCACUUCUGAACUUGCAGAUAUAGUCACUCGCGUUCGCCGCGAACGCGUCAUCGACAUCUCGGCCUCACCUCUGGUCCCCGCUACUAAGCUUCGUUCUAAACUCGAUAUUUUACAUCGAGCUGGUGAGUUAGAUGGCGGUCUACCUAUACUCAGAGACGGUAUUCUUGUUGGACUGAUCCCGGCCCCCGAUUUGGAAUACGCCCUGGAUAACCUCGAUGAUGAGAGUUCCAGCAUUUGCCUCAUGGCGAACGUACCGAACAUAGACGAAGACGAGUCUCCCGAGCGAGAUCCGACUGAUUUCACACCUUAUAUAGACCCUGCUCCUGUUGCUUUAGAUAUCAAGUCCCCGAUGGACUUAGUGUACGAAUGUUUUGCUAAGCUUGGUUUGCGGUAUAUAUGCGUCUUGAAGAAUGGACGCUAUGCGGGAAUGACACACAAGAAGAGAUUCGUAAAGUAUAUGCGCGAAUUAGAAGAGAAAGAACACGAGCUUUAGAUCAGAUAAGCGUCUCCACUGAGGGUGUAUUUUUUUUUCCUAGAUUAAGAGCAAGAUGAUGGUACAUAUCAGAAGGGGGUUGCUUCUAGGCUCUCCGGGUAUAUAAGGCAUAGAUGUGUUUACCUAGUGUUUCGAAUUCGGGCAUCGUUAUGGGAAUUUGGCGCGGUUGCAUAGCAUCAUAGGGUUCGGUAUGGCAAUCUGCCUGCUCCUUUCUUGUUCGAUUGCAUCAUUAAUUGUUUUACCUACCUAACCUAUGAAUCUAAUGGAUUUUGAAUGUAGCCAUGAG